AUGAGUCCUUCGCGCAAGUCGCGGAUCGCCUCGAGCGUGUCCAAUGUCAUGUACACCAACGCCGUCUACUUCCCCAACUACCGGAUAUAUCAGGGCGACACCCCUGGAAUGCUCAAUUACAGCUGCAUCAACCAUGUUUACUACGCGUAUGCCAGCGUCUCGGUGGAUGGCGGUGUUUUCCUGAGCGACGAGUGGGCGGACGCUGGAGCCCCAGUGGACGGCGUGCAAGGCGGGCUGGGCUCCCUGAUGCACCUCAAACAGAAACACCCUCACCUCCAGGUCAUUCUGUCUAUCGGAGGAGGCAAUUCGCCCGAGGUUUUCCCCGUCGUGGCAUCCAGCACGCUUUUGCGGGAUAACUUUGCGAGGUCUGCCCGGGGUCUCGUUGAGGCGUCGGGCCUCGAUGGGAUCGACAUCGCAUGGGAGUAUCCCUGUGAUGCCAAGCAAGGGUACGACUUCCUUGCCCUACUAGCAGCCGUCCGCAUUCACCUUCCGGAGGACCAAUUCAUCCUGACGGCCGCGCUGCCGGCGAACAAGGCCGUCUUACAGUUCAUCGAUCUGGCGGUAAUUUCCGACUACCUGGACUUUGUGAAUCUCAUGGCAUACGACUUUUUCGGAGCAUGGACCCCGAAGAGUGGUCACCACGCGCAGCUCUACAACAUAAGCAAAGACGAGACGUCGGGGUCAUCAGGAGUGUCGUACCUCAUGUCUCACGGCUUUCCGGCCCAGAAGAUCCUACUCGGCAUCCCGACCUACGGACGCAGCUUCCUCCACGCCACCGGGCCAGGCCAAAAGUUCCGCGGCGGUGGCGGCGACGAUGGCACCUUCGAGUACAACCAACUCCCUCGCAAAGGGUGCAAAGAGGUUGUUGACAAACGCCACGUCGCAGCGCAGUGCAUCGGUGCCGAUGGCGGUUUCGUGACGUAUGACAACCCGGACACCGUGAAGGUUAAGGCUGGGUUCUGCAAACAAAAGGGACUAGGGGGUCUCUUCUACUGGAAUGGCCCGGCAGAUUCCAAAGACAAGUCGAGGAGCUUGAUUGCGGCUGGCUUCCGCGCCCUUCACUCUUCCUGA